UUCAGUUAGCAUCUCGGUCCAGGAGCUGAGAGACCCCAGGAACGUGGCCUUUCUGGUUCUUCUUUGGGUCUUGGAUAUGUGGAAGAUGUCCGGAGGGUUUCAGGGUCCCUCAGGUGUUCCUGAGGAGGUCCAGCAGCGUUUGGUGACUAAAGAAGAUGUUCCCUCAGAGCAGCAGGAGAGGAGCUUCAGCCUGGACCAGGAGAUCACUGAGCCUCUGCACAUAAAAGAGGAACCAGAGGAACUGUGGAGCAGUCAGGAGGGAGAGCAGCUUCAAUGGCAGGAGGAAGCUGAUACCAUCAAGUUCACUUUUUAUCCUGUCCAGGUGAAGAGCGAAGAUGAUGAAGAUGAUGAAGACAGUCUUCAGUACUCACAUCUUCAUGAGAGACGAGCUGAACAUAUGGAAAGAGGAGCUGAUGAAGGAGCAGAGGCAGCCAGCAGCUCUGACCCAGAGAGAGAUUUACAAGCAGAGACUCAGGUCUCUAUUGGAGACUUCUCUGACCCUGACACUGAUGACAGCGCUGAUUGGAAGGGAACAACAGGACACCAGUUGAAUUUAGACUCAGUAGGAAACAAGAAUAAAGGAAGACAGACUGAGAAGAAAAUACUUAGCUGCUCUGAUUGUGGUAAAACAUUUAAAUACAAAAGUUUUCUCACAGAACACAUGAGAGUUCACUCAGGAGAGAAACCCUUCGGCUGCUCCGAGUGUGGUAAAAAAUUUAACCAUAAAAAAAAUUUAAGAAAGCAUAUGACCAUCCACUUGGAAGAGAAACCUUUCAGCUGCUCUGUGUGUGGUAAAGGAUUUAAUCAAAAAGUUACUCUCACAGAACAUAUGAGAAAUCACACAGGAGAGAAACCCUUCAUGUGCUCUGAAUGUGGCAAAACAUUUAACAAAUUAUGUAAUCUAAAGGUUCAUAUGGCCAUCCACACAGGAGAGAAACCCUUCAGCUGCUCUGAGUGUGGUAAAAGUUUUAACAAAAACAGAAACUUAAGCAGACACAUGUUGGUUCACACUGGAGAGAAACUCUUAAGCUGCCCUGAGUGUGGUCAGAAAUUUGGCCUGAAAAAUAAUCUGAUAAGACACAUGGGAAUUCAUUCAAGAGAGAAAUCCUUCGGCUGCUUUGUGUGUGGUGAAAGAUUUCGCCUCAAAGACCAGCUGGAAAAACACAUGCGGCGGCACACAGAAGAUGACCUUUUCAGCUGCUUUGAGUGCGGUAAAAGGUUUAAGAAAAAAGGUUAUCUGACACAACAUAUGAGGAUUCAUACAAGAGAGAAACCCUGCUGUCCUGAAUGUGGCAAAACAUUUAGCAAUCAAAGUAAUGUGAUCAGACACAUGGCACUUCAUACAAGGAAAGAGGAUUUUCCUGCUGUGUUAAAUAAUGAAGCUUUGAACAUUAUCUGAUGCAACACAUGAAAGUGUGCACAGAAAGACUCUAGUGGUGCCUGUUUUAGAUAGGGAUUCAUUGUUCUGCUGUGGAACUAAAAUGAUGAAGAGACCUGGAGGAGGAGUUAUUGAGAGGAACAACCAGCUGGAUCUAAUCUGGUGUUGUGCUUUGUUUAAUUACCUUUAUGGUAGUCUUGGAUUGACUGUAACAAACAGUAUGAUUUAGCAUAUUUAUGUUACUGAACUGUAUAUUUAUAUCAUAUUGCACCUUACCUUGUGAUGAACAUUUGUUGAAUGAAGUGUGGGCUAUAUUGUGAGCUAUUUCCUUUUUUCUUCUGAAUAUCAUAAAUGUUUAUUUUGCUAUUAAUUUUACUAUUAUUUAAUGUGCGUAAGGCUGUGUUAAAUUGAACUGAUAGUUAAACUCUUUGAUUGGAAAAAAUGUCUUUUCAAAGGAACCAGAGGGUCUAUCUGAUAAUUCUUUAAUGUUCUCUCAUUUCUGUCAGUGACUUCUGUGAGGGGUGCACCGUAUUGAGUUUUUGAUGAUAUCUGAUAAGCCAAUAUUUCCAAACUUAUUUUAGCUUUUACCAAUAUGCAACCCCAGUUCCAAAAGAAUGUGGGUGCUGUGUAAAAUGGUAAAUAAAA